AUGCCAGAUAAGAAAGACAUUUGGUCCGAGGCUGACGGGUUUCCUUGUCUCGUCACAGCGGGGUACGACCAUACAAUUAGGUUCUGGGAGGCUUUAUCCGGCAUCUGCUCUCGCACUAUCCAACACACCGACUCCCAGGUGAACAGACUCUGCAUCUCUCCCGACAAGCGCUUCCUCGCAGCUGCGGGCCACCACACCAUCAAACUAUACGAUAUCAAGUCCACCAACCCCAACCCUCUCCUCACUUUCGACGGUCAUACUGGCAAUGUUACAGGCGUCGCGUUCCACUGCGAGGGGAAGUGGAUGGUGACCAGCUCUGAGGAUGGCACUGUCAAGAUCUGGGAGACGAGAAGCGGCUCGGUCCAGCGAAGCUAUUCCCACGGAUGCCCUGUCAACGAUGUGGUCAUCCAUCCCAACCAAGGUGAGAUCAUCAGUUGCGAUCGAGGUGGAAGCGUGCGUAUCUGGGACCUGGCAGAGAACAACUGCUCGCACCAAUUGAUUCCCGAGGAAGAUAUGCCCGUUGCCAGCGUCACGGUCGCAAGCGACGGCUCUACCCUGUGCGCUGGUACCAACUCAGGCAAUGUCUACGUUUGGCACCUCCAGCAAUUUCGCGAGAAGACAACCCUCGUCCCCAUCACCCACUUCUCCGCCCACAACAACUACAUCACCCGGGUCCUGCUCUCUCCAGACGUCAAGCACCUCGCCACCUGCAGCGCUGACCACACCGCUAAGAUCUGGGAAGUUCCUAACCUCGAGGCCAUGAUCCCUAUGCCCGGUCAACAGGGGCCCGACCCGAAGACUCCCAAGCCCUUCAAGUUGGAAAGCACAUUGACGGGACACCAGCGUUGGGUGUGGGACUGCGCGUUCAGUGCGGACUCUGCGUAUCUGGUGACGGCGUGCUCGGAUCACUAUGCGCGCCUGUGGGAGUUGCACAGCGAGCAGAUCAUCAGACAGUACAACGGACAUCAUCGGGGGCUGGUUUGCGUGGCGCUCAACGAUUACUCGGAGGCUAGGUAA